AUGGCGAACAACAGUGAGAAUGAGUCAGAUAAUGAUGAUGUCCAUGGACAAUUGGUUGAACAAGGUUCGGGACUGGUUGAAGAAGUAAGAGUUUUGAAACAACAAUUGGCAGAUAUGUACCAAGCCUGGGUGAAUGGACAGGCACCACCCCUAAUACCUAUAGGGCCUUCGGAUAAACUUCAUAAUGUGUCAGUUGCAAAUCAAGUGCCUAUCUCCAUAACAAGUAACCCAUUGUACCAACCUAGUUUCAGUCCGAGCAUUAACCUGCCCGCUAUCCCCAGUACCUCCAUUCCCCGUCCUCCAACCGCACCCCUCAGAAAUGACCCACCUACUGUACCCACUGUCCCUACUUUCACCGUUCCUCAACCGGCUCUUGCUCAAAAGCUCAACAAUGAUCCACAUCUGAAUGCUUAUGAUGCCCAACAUUACUCUCCAGAACUGACUUUCAAGGUUCCAGAUUCAUACAAGCACACUUCUCAGAACAUGUUCCCAGUUGAGAUCGAAAAGCCCGAAAAGAAUAUGGAACAUGAGGAAAUGACCAGAAAAAUGAAGAGCUUGGAACAAACCAUGAGAAACAUACAGGGUUUGGGAGGCCACAAGAGUGUUUCGUUUAAUGAUCUAUGCAUGUUCCCCCAUGUUCAUUUGCCACCGGGCUUCAAGACCCCCAAGUUUGACAAGUAUGACGGUCAUGGUGAUCCCGUUGCCCAUUUGAAGAGAUAUUGUAACCAAUUAAGAGGAGCAGGAGGUAAAGAAGAAUUACUCAUGGCUUAUUUUGGGGAAAGUUUGACAGGAAUUGCUUCAGAGUGGUUCAUAGAUCAGGACAUCUCUCACUGGCACGUUUGGAACGACAUGGCUCAAGAUUUUGUCCAACAAUUUCAGUACAAUAUUGAUAUAGUGCCAGACCGCUCCUCUCUUGUCAACAUAAAGAAGAAACCAGCAGAAAGCUUUAGAGAAUAUGCAAUCAAGUGGAGAGAGCAGGCUGCUAGGGUCAAACCACCAAUGAAAGAGGCAGAAAUGAUUGACUACUUUCUCCAAGCUCAAGAUCCUGAUUACCUCCAUUAUAUGUUGGCCGCCAUUGGUAAACCUUUUGCUGAGGCGAUUAAGAUUGGGGAAAUAGUUGAGAAUGGCAUGAAGUCGGGCAAAAUUGUGAGUCAGGCAGCCCUUAAGGCGACCACGCAAGCAAUUCAAAGUGGGUCAGGCAGUUUCGGAAAUCGGAAAAAGAAGGAGGAAGGAUCCAUGAUGGCAUCUGGGUUCGGGGGAGUUCAAAGAGGAAUAGUUCCUUCGUACGUGCAAUUCCAACAAGGACAAUCCAAUUCUCCUCAACAUUAUUAUCCGCCUCAGGGUCCUCGGUACUCGGUGCCCUCGCAACAAUACACAGUGUUUAAUGCUCAGGCUUAUGCUAGGCCUCCCAAUCACCAACAAUGGCGAGCACCGACUCCACAAGGCUUCCGUCAACUCCGGCCAAAUUUUCAGGUGCCAUAUAAUCCUCGUCCCAGACAGGAAUAUGUGAGAGAACAGGAGCCAAAGAAAAAGUUCACCCCAAUUGGAGAAUCGUAUACAAGCCUAUUUCGAAAGUUGAUGCAGCUGAAGUUGAUUGAACCUAUCGUGCCGUAUUAUGUGAAUCCAAACUCAAAAGGUUUUGACUCCAAUGCGAGAUGUGAGUAUCACUCUAACACCCAAGGUCAUAGUACCGAAAAUUGUUGGACAUUAAAGAAAGCCAUUGAAAAUUUGAUUGAAGCAAAGGCAAUUGUGGUGGCAAACAAUGAAGAUACUCCUAAUAUCACAAACAAUCCGCUCCCAGCUCAUGAUAAUACACAUUUUAUUGGGAUGAUUUGUGAUGAUCGGGAUUAUAAGCAAUUUGGCAAGACAGAGAUGAUUGUUGGAACCAUAGGGCCAGAGCCAAAAGUGAUAGUAAGCCCGCCGCAAUUGGCACCGCUGAUUGUGAAAGGUGCGAGUUCUAGUUCAAACUUGGCAGGUUCUGAAAAAACGGUUCUCUAUGUCCCUGGAAGCACAAAAAAGAUUGAGGUUCAAUUGGGUGGGCCAAAACUUUAUAUCCCUGGGGGCAUUCAAAAGAUUGUUCCGAAUAAUGCUUUGAGAAAUAUAACAGAGCCAGUUGUGAUCCGACCUGUUGCACAACUUCCAGUGUCAAACACAAAAGCUAUUCCCUGGAACUAUAACAAGACUGUCAUGACAUACAAAGGAAAAGAGAUAGUGGAAGAAACAGAUGAAAUGGGAGGCUUGACCCGCUCUGGAAGGUGCUACUCGCCAGAGGAAUUGAGAAAAGCUAAGCAAGCCAAGGAAAAUCACUUUCCAGUGAAAGAAACUGUUUCAGAAAAAGAAGCGGAGGAAUUCCUUAAGAAAAUGAAAAUGCAAGACUACUCAAUCAUUGAUCAACUAAGGAAAACCCCUGCUCAGAUAUCUUUGUUAUCUCUGCUUUUGCACUCGAAAGAACAUCGCCUUGUGUUGAUCAAAACUUUGAACGAGGCAUAUGUCUCAGAAAAGACAACGGUGAAUCAGCUAGAAAAAAUGGCUGAAAGAUUCUUUGAGGUGAACAAAAUUUCUUUCAGCGAUGAUGAUUUGCCUGAGGAAGGGUCUGGGCACAAUAAAGCUUUGCAUCUUAUGGUCAAAUGUGAAGGGCAUUACGUAAAAGGGGUCAUGAUUGACGGAGGCUCAAGUGUAGAUGUAUGCCCUCUUUCUAUUCUACAACAACUGAACAUUGACACUAACAGAAUUCGGACUAGUACUGUCAGCAUCAGAGCUUUUGACGGUUCAAAAAGAGACACUAUUGGGGAAAUCGAACUCACCAUGACAAUUGGCCCGGUUGAUUUUAACAUUGUCUUUCAAGUGUUGGAUAUGAAAACCUCAUAUAAUUUUCUUCUGGGAAGGCCGUGGAUCCAUAUGGCCAGAGCUAUACCAUCCACCCUACAUCAAAUGGUCAAAUUCGAAUAUGACAGGCAAGAAAUUGUUGUUCAUGGGGAGGACGACUCAUCCGUUUAUAAUGACCCGUCCAUUCCAUGUAUCAAGGCCAAGGAAGGAUGUGAAUCCCUCAUAUAUCAAACAUUUGAGGUGAUUGAGGUAGACCAAGUGGAAGAAGGAAAACCAAUUCUGCAUCCCUAUCUUUCAGCCACAUCUAUGAUGGUAGCUUCACUGAUGUUGAGGAACGGCUAUGAACCAGGAAAAGGAUUAGGAUCAUUUCUGCAAGGAAUUGUGAACCCCAUUGCUCCUUUUUUGAAGAAAGAUACCUUUGGCUUGGGUUUUAAACCAACAUCAGCUGACAUAAACAGAGCCAAGGCCCGUAAAAAGAAUGGUUGGAAAUUGUCAAAACCAAUCCCUCACAUUGCCUACUCUUUUGUCAAGCCACAAUUUGAAGAAGUCCAAAAUCUUUCUACUCAAGAUGACAUUGAUGAAGUUUGCCAGGGUCUCAAGGAGAUGUUCUAUGGAAUCAACAUGGUUCAAGUUGGUGAGGGCCCUAGUCGUGCAAGUGUUCAGCUGAUUGGUCCAGAUACUUCGCUCAACAAAUGGGAAGCAACUCCUCUUCCCAUCAGGAAGGAGUCUUGGUAG